AUGGAGGCUGCAAAGGGAACUCUUGAGAAGCAAGGUACCUCCACUGAGAAUGUGGAUGACUCGAACCAUAACCCACAAUCAGAGCAAAUGGUUUAUCAUCGUGGGCAGAAGAGGAAGACUCAUGAAGAAGAUGAAGAAGAACUCUUUAAGACGCGUGCAAAACUCUUCCGAUUCACCUAUGAGGAUGGCCUUCCGAAAUGGGAAGAGCGAGGUACUGGCUACGUGAAGCUACUAAAACACACCAGGAAAGGGACCAUUCGCCUCCUCAUGAGGAGGGACAAAACUCUGAAGAUUUGUGCGAAUCACUACAUAACACCAUUGAUGGAGCUUAAGCGUAAUGCGUGGAGUAAAAGGGCCUGGGUCUGGAAUGCACAUGCUGAUUUUGCUGAUGAAAGUCCUAAGCGCGAACUGCUGGCACUUCGAUACCCAAAUGCAGAAAGCGCGCGGAAAUUUAAGGAAAACUUUGAACAAUGUAGGAAAAAGAUAGAAGAAAGAGAAAAGAGAACAGCGCCAGGCAAAGAGAGGAGCACUGAAAAAUUAUCCAAAGACACAGAGGAGCUUUUGAUGAAAGAAGACACCAAAGAGGCAGAAGACCGACUCGAGGAAGAAGAGUUUGAACCAGAGGAGGCUUUGGUCGAAGAGGAGAUUGAGGAGCCAGAGAUCACAGAAGUACCCAAAGAGCCGGAAGAGCUGCUCAUAGAAGAAGAAAUUGAAGAACCAGAGAUCAGGGAAAUUCCCAAGGAGCCAGAAGAACCUCUAAUCGAAGAAGAACUAGAGGAGCCCGAGAUCAGUGAAAUUUCCAAAGAGCCAGAAGAGCCUCUGAUGGAAGAAGAAAUAGAAGAGGUGGCUGAGGAUUUGAAGAGCCUCUGA